AAGUGUGAAAAUAGGUUUUAACGGAUAUAACGUUCCGACACCCGAACAACAAGAUUUCGAGAUUUUCCUUGCUUUAAUUGAUUAAAGUUGGCUCCGCGCCUUGUGCAAACCACUUGCACCUGUAAUUCAACAUUCAUGGCGAAAAGCCCAUCAGACUCCUUCUUUCAAACUGUCGAAAACCUUGGGCAGUGUCUUCAAUCCCACCUCUCAAACUUCUUACAAAGAAUCGAUUCCCAUAGAAAAAGUGACCCGUCACUGAGCUUUAACCAGGAGAAGCUCUCCUCUUCCUCUUCUGCAACUGUUGCAGAUGACCCCAUCAAUUUGCCUCCACUUCUCGUGAAACAGGACCAGUCUGCAAAACCUUCAACAAAAGAGGAGGUGGGAAGGGCCACAUGGACUCUGCUUCAUACCAUUGCAGCCCAGCUUCCUGAGCGUCCAACGAAGCAACAGAAACGAGAUGUGAAAGAAUUGAUGGCCAUAUUAUCCCGAAUUUAUCCUUGCAAAGAAUGUGCGGAUCAUUUUAAGGAAGUUCUCAAAGCAAAUCCAGUGCAAGCAGCAUCACAAGCAGAGUUCUCGCAAUGGCUAUGUCACGUGCACAAUGUUGUCAAUAGAAGUCUCGGUAAGCCUGCUUUUCUAUGCAACCGAGUAGAUGCAAGGUGGGGUAAAUUGGAUUGCCAGGAUCGCGCUUGUGAUUUACAGGGAAUAGAUACAUUUUUAGAUAAAUAAUCAAGGCUAAAAAUUUAUGAAAAGAACGAUAGAAAUUGGUCUUUAUUUUUGUUAUGGAAAAAGUUUAUAUAAGGUAUCAACUUUUU